AUGAUGAACAAUAUCUACAAAAUGUUGAAGCACAUCAAGAUCCCCGACGAUUUACCGGAUAGUGAUGAAGAAGAUGGAAGGGAUUCGGAAGAUCCAACUACUGUCCCUGCUGAGAAUGUAGAGAACGAAGAGCUGAGGGGAGAAGGUGAUUCAGAGAAGUCGAAAACACCAGAACCAGAGCCGGCUGACCUGGAGUCUCUUCUCUCCACACUCAAGAGUCCAACUGAGGCCUCCAGUGCCAUUUCAAUGUUUGAGGACAAGGAGUUCAUGGAAGAGGAUUACCCACUGGCAGUGAGGCUGUUUGAGGACACACCUCCCUUCCUCCUGAGUCAGAUCCUGGGUCUGAGGAUGGAGGAGUGGCUGGCCAUUGAGGCAGUCGACAAGAAGGACGAUGAGAAACAGAGGGCCAGCGUCCUGCAGACCUGGGGCAGGAGCAGGGGAGAUUCUGCCAAGUGGUCUAUACUGGCGGAGGCUCUGAUUAUACUGGGAUUGAGGGGCAAGGCCCAGAUUGCAUACAUGGAAAAAGGUGUCCCACUGCCUGAUGCAGGUGAGGACUGGACCUCUCUGGACCAGGCAGUCCAAGAGAUGCUUGUAGAGAUGGAAGCUCACCUGGUGGAAGUAAAGAGGAAGGAUGAGGAGAUAUGUGCCAGGGAGACAGUCCUGGAGCAGGCCAGGACCGAGGGAGAGCUCAUUGGCACCAGUCUAAAGAGAGUCAAGCAAGACCUAGCAGAAAGUCCCGAGGGAGGGGGUGAGGUGGAAGAGCUGAGGAGCCGGCACAGAGAGCACAUGGAGGCAGUCCAGAGUCUCUGGAAGGAGCAGGAGGCCAAGAAGACAGAGUACGAGAGCCACGUGGCAAGGCUGGAGCCUCGGGAGCGGGAGAUGAACCAGAUGAGGUCCGAGUUUGCCACACAGAGGACCUGGCUGGUGGGCAGACUGGAGGAGAUGUAUGAGCUCUACACUGGCAGAGAGAAACCUGUUGAGACGUUGAUGGAAGAAGAAGUGUUGUCUACUCCAAGUGGCCUUUAUCGGAGGUUCAUUGAUAGGUGUUACUUUACUUCCUUCAGACCUGAGCCAGCUGACCUGGAGUCUCUUCUCUCGGCUCUUACCACUCCCACUGCCAGUGCCAUAUCAAGUACUCUACAAACUCCUCUACUCAAUUCUGUCAUAACUGAGAGUGUUUCUUGUGCAGUGUUUGAGGACAAGGAGUUCAUGGAGGAGGAUUACCCACUGGCAGUGAGGCUGUUUGAGGACACACCUCCCUUCCUCCUGAGUCAGAUCCUGGGUCUGAGGAUGGAGGAGUGGCUGGCCAUUGAGGCAGUCGACAAGAAGGACGAUGAGAAACAGAGGGCCAGCGUCCUGCAGACCUGGGGCAGGAGCAGGGGAGACUCUGCCAAGUGGUCUGUACUGGUGGAGGCUCUGAUUAUACUGGGAUUGAGGGGCAAGGCCCAGAUUGCCUGCAUAGAAAAAGGCAUGCCUAUUACUUAA